AUGUUUAGCGAUCAUUAUUACAGGCGCUUACGCAGCUGGCCACCAAUAUGCUUCUUUUCGACGACCAGAGCUGCAGCUGCCGAAAAUGUGAAGAUGUGGAUAGAUGGUCAGGCUGUCGAAUCGAAGACCAAAGAUUGGAUCGACCUGACCAAUCCCGCUACCAAUGAGAUCAUUGGUAAAGUUCCAAAGUGCACGCCGGACGAGCUGGAGUCAGCAGUUGCGUCGUGCAAGAAAGCCUACAACACAUGGAAAAAUGUAUCUCCUCUAGCACGACAGCAGACCAUGUUCCGCCUGCGGGAGCUGAUCGUACGAGACGCUAAGAAACUUGCCGAGAACAUCACACAUGAGCAAGGAAAAACAUUAAUUGAGGCUGACAGAGAUGUUGGCCGAGGAUUGCAGAUGGUUGAACACGCUUGCGCCGUGCCAACACUCAUGAUGGGAGAAACUCUUCAAAGUGCUUCGCGCGAUUUGGAUGUUCUCUCAUUCCGCUAUCCUUUGGGAGUCUGUGCUGGUAUUAUGCCAUUCAACUUCCCCGUUAUGGUCCCGUUGUGGACAUUCCCCCUCGCACUUGCCACAGGAAACACCAUGUUGAUAAAGCCCUCAGAACAGGAUCCUGGAGCAUGCUUGAUGCUCGCUGAAAUGUGCAAGGAAGCUGGAAUUCCUGACGGAUGCCUCAACAUUGUCCAUGGCCAAUUUGACACUGUGAACUUUAUCUGUGAUCAUCCUGACAUUCAAGCAAUCUCCUUCAUUGGAGGUGAUCGAGCGGGUAAACAUAUUUAUGAACGUGGAGCUAAGAAUGGAAAGCGUGUGCAGUCGAAUAUGGGAGCCAAAUGUCAUGGUGUAGUUAUGCCAGAUUGUGACAAGAACAAGAUGAUUGACCAGAUCACUGUUGGUGCAUUUGAUAUGGCGGGACAACGUUGCAUGGCUCUUACCACGGCCAUCCUUGUCGGCGAGACUCGCUCUUGGGUGAACGAUAUCGUUGAGAGGGCCAAGAAGUUCCAAGUGAAUGCAGGUUUGUUGGCAACCAACACUGAGUACUUCUCUCCUCUAAUCAUGCGAAUGUUAAGGAUGGAAACAAGGAGCCGAGAUUGGCCGGUCAUAUCGAAGGCCUCGAAGGAGCGCUGCCUCAAGCUCAUCGAUAGCGCGAAGAAGGAGGGAGCCAAUGUCGCGCUUGAUGGAAGUGACCACGUUGUUUCUGGAUUCGAAAACGGUAACUUCGUCGGAGCGACAAUCAUCGCAAACGUCAAGCCACAUAUGACCUGCUACAAGGAGGAGAUCUUCGGGCCUGUCUUGAUUCUCAUGGAAGCCAAAGACUUGGAUGAAGCCAUUGACAUUCUCAAUAAGAACCCGUACGGAAACGGAGCCGCCGUUUUCACGGCAAAUGGCGCUGUUGCUAGGAAGUUCCUAAACGAGGUGGAAAAUGGCCACAUCGGCAUCAACGUUCCCGUCCCAAUCCCUCUACCCAUGUUCUCUUUCACUGGAUCGCGUGGUUCAUUCCGAGGUGAUCUGAACUACUACGGAAAGGCAAGCUGGAGUACAAUUCUACACACAAUGGAAGACCGUUACGCAACACUGGGGAACACACCUGGCUGGUAUGGACCGCCAAGUGAAUUUCUCCAAGUAGAUACAAUAUGUGAUAUAAUUAUGAUUUGCUAA